UUUAUUUGGGUUCCAUUUUUCUUUGGUGGAGGGCCCAAUUGUGUUUUUACUUUGUUGACUAAAAAAAAAGGAGAGUAAAAAAAAGGGGCUGGGCAGUGGUGCACUUACGGACAGAGCAGAAAAGAAAAAAAAACAGAAUAGAGAGAGGAAAGGUGCUGGUGCAGAAUUUACAGACCAGCCGCACAAAUUCGAUCAUCUCCGGAGAUCCGACCGUUGGAUUGAGCUGAAAUUUUCAGAGGUUGUUCCCAACACUUAGGACUUCAAUCUGUUCAAUUUUCACUUCAAUCGGAGCUACGGAUCUUCUGUAAUCGCAGCUGGUGCGACGCUGCGUUUUUGGGUGAUAAUCCUGAUUUUCCUUCUCUAUUGUUGAUGCCUCUUAUGUAUGUUGUUGUUGGUGGGCUGUGACAUCCUUGUAGACUGAGUUUGGGUGUUUUUACCCUCAAUUUGCAUAAUAAGAGAAGAAGAGGGCGGACUCCCUAUAAGUCCCGUGGUUUUUAUCCUUCACAUCGAAGGGGUUUUCCACGUAUAAAAAUCGUGUGUCGUUUGCAUCUUUAUUCUUCAUAUUUGAUUGUGGUUUAUUUGAUGUGCUGCUGAUUUUGUGUGCUUGGUUAAUCAAUUGUGGUAAAUUGGGUCAAGUGNUGCCUCUUAUGUAUGUUGUUGUUGGUGGGCUGUGACAUCCUUGUAGACUGAGUUUGGGUGUUUUUACCCUCAAUUUGCAUAAUAAGAGAAGAAGAGGGCGGACUCCCUAUAAGUCCCGUGGUUUUUAUCCUUCACAUCGAAGGGGUUUUCCACGUAUAAAAAUCGUGUGUCGUUUGCAUCUUUAUUCUUCAUAUUUGAUUGUGGUUUAUUUGAUGUGCUGCUGAUUUUGUGUGUUUGGUUAAUCAAUUGUGGUAAAUUGGGUCAAGUGUUUGGUUGGUUGUCUUGAAGUUGAUCCUUGUAGGUGUUGUAUCUUACUUGUUGCUUCUCCCCACAACAUAUACAUUACUGACAGUUUUUGUGAAUGGAAAGAUAUGCAAGAAUCCCAAUGAAGUGAAAGCGGAUGAUUUCUACCUCCAAGCCCUUCUUCACGUACCAAGAAACACAUCAAAUCCUUUAGGGUUUGUGAUAUCGGCGGUAAACGUUGAAAAACUACCGGGACUAAACUCGCUAGGCCUUGGAAUAGGUCGUAUCGAUAUCGGACCUUACGGGGCGAACCCACCCCACAGCCACCCGUACGGGAGUGAAGUGAUCGCUGUCUUGGAGGGCACAGUCUACGCAGGGUUCGUGGACUCGAACAACAAACUAUUCGCGAAGACACUUAACCCGGGGGGACGUUUUCGUCUACCCGAAGGGUCUGGUUCAUUUCCAGUAUAACCUCAAGGGGAGCCAUGCCGUUUUGUUUGCUGCGUUGGGGGCCCAAACCACAGUGGGCAUCAUUGCAGCCAAUUCUGUGUUUGCCACUGAUCCUCCCAUUCUUCCUGAUCUUCUCAGCAAAUCCUUCCAAUUGGACAAAAAUGUCAUCACUCAUCUCCAAUCACAAUAUUGGGAAGACAACAGUCAUUGAUUAUUUGAUGUACUCCGUACUUUGUACUAAGCAUGCACAAUAAAUCAAUCAAAAGAUAAAAAAAUAAAACAUUAAUAGUAGGAGUUUUGUAGAGAAAAUUGAAAAGAAGAUUUAGGUGGGUUAUGCAAUUUGACUCACCUAUGUUCGUUGAACGAUCAAUUUCCGCCACACACGGUGGCUUAAGAGCGCGCCAACAAUGUCUCUUUUCUCUCUUACACACCUGCAAAACCAUCAAACAGCUUACCCAGAUUCACGCUCAAAUCAUCACCGGCGGGCUAACCCAGAAGAACUUCAUUCUUGGAAAGCUUCUAUCAAUCUGCAUCUUCUUCCAAAGAUUGCCCUAUGCAACCCAAGUUUUCGAAUUGGUUCGAGAUCCAAGCACCAUUCUCUGGAAUCAAAUCAUCAGAGGCCAUGCCAGUAGCGACGAGCCACGAUUAUCCGUUCUGUAUUUCCAGAAAAUGGAAAAGUCCACUGCUUUACCUGAUGGGUAUACAUAUUCGUAUGUGGUUAAUGGUUGUGGGAAAGGGGUUCUGCUGAGUGAAGGCGAGCAGGUUCACGGUAAGAUCUUGAGGAAUGGGUAUGUCUCUGAUCUGUUCGUUCAAACGAAUUUGGUGAACUUCUAUUCUGCCAUGGGCACUGAACGUGGAAUGGUUGGUGCGGAUAAGGUGUUCGGAGAAAUGACUGAGAGAAAUGUGGUGUCUUGGAAUCCAUUGAUCUCAGGGUAUUUCAGGUGUGGGAAUGUCAGUGAGGCGUGCCGGAUUUUCCAUGAAAUGCCCGAGAGGAGUGUUGUUUCAUGGACUGCUAUGAUAGCAGGGUGUGCGCAGAACGAUAGAUGCAAAGAAGCAUUGUAUUAUUUCCACGAAAUGCGAAGGAAUGGCGUGGAAUUUGACCGGGUGACAUUGGUGUCCAUUCUCUCCACUUGUGCAGAAAUGGCUUUCUUGAAUCUGGGCAGAUGGGUACAUUCAUACAUUCUUGAAUCCACAACUCCUGAAAGGGGACCAGUGUCGAUAUCAUUGAACAAUGCACUCAUACACAUGUACGCUUGCUGUGGUGAAAUUAAGGAUGCUCAUAGGGUAUUCAAGGAUAUGCCAGAGAGAACCACUGUUUCUUGGAAUACCAUGAUAACUGCUUUUGCCAAACAGGGCUAUGCAGAAGAGAGUAUCACAGUGUUCCGGGAGAUGGAAACCGCAAAGGCCAAGAAGGACGAAAUCACAUUCUUGGGCGUAUUGUGUGCGUGUAGUCGUGCCGGUUAUGUCAAUGAAGGGAGAUUCUACUUCAAAAGAAUGAUCGAAUGUUUCGGGUUGGAGCCGAGAAUACAGCACUAUGGCUGCAUGGUUGAUCUCCUUAGUCGAGCUGGAUUGCUAGAUGAAGCAGCGAGACUUGUCCAGAGCAUGCCUAUGAAGCCAAACAAUGCUGUAUGGGGUGCUCUUCUAAGUGGCUGCAUUAUUCACAAAAACAUAAAGCUUGCUUCUGGGAUGGAACACAAGUUCGUCGUCGAGCUUGAACCAGAAAGAUCUGUUGGCUACUUUGUGCUCUUGUCCAAUCUGUACGCUGCUGAAAGGAGGUGGUUGGCCAUGGUUGGCGCAAGGCGCAAGAUGUACGAGAUAGGAGCGAGGAAGCCUCCGGGUCAAAGUAGGAUCGGUGUCGAUGGAGCCGACCAUGAUUUUCUGGCCGGUGACACAACUCACAAACAUGCUUCUCUGAUCUAUGAAAUGCUUGAUGAGAUCACUCGGCAAGCUAAGUUGCAAUCUGACAUUUUGGACUCUCUUUUAUAGUUCUUCAGCACUUGUUUGAUCAUUAGAGUUUGCAGCAAUUUAUAAGGUUGCCAUUUUUUUCGCAAUAUGUGAGGUUCUAGGGAAAUCCAGCAAUUAUUUAUUCAGCAAAAAUUGAAUGAACAUGGACACACAUGAUGUCUACAUUCAAUUGAUUCUUAAUGAAAGUAGAAAGCAGUUACUUAAGAACGGUGGGAGUAAGUUAUAACUUGAAAUGGAUGUGAGAGACGGUUUUUUCUUGAGAAACUAGAACAAUUUUUUUGCAAAAUAACAACGAGCCCAUUUCUAAGAAUAUAUGAGUAGAUUUUUU